GGGAUGAGAGACGGUGGCCGACGAGAGGUUCACAUCAAAAUGGCCGCAUUUUAGUCUACAGACGAUUUUUCUUUACUGUUUGCCAAUAGCCGCAUAAAGGGCCUGGCAGUGUUCCCUAAAGUGGCAGAUCUGUUUCGCUGGAAAUUUCGUCGUCGAAUAAACUGAAAAUUUUCGUGAAAUAGAACAAACUUUGGGUUUGCAUAACAUUUUUACAAGAUGUUACGUCAGCAACAUCAUGCGAUGCAAAACCAGCUUAGAGAUCACAGCAGAAUGGGCGGUCCGAUGCGUCCUAUGCAGCAGGCAAGUAUGGCCCCUUUACAUCAGCCUCAGCAUCCGAUGCCGCAUCGGAACCCGCAUCAACAAAUACUGUCCAUGCCCCCCCAUCAACAACAUAUUCAUCACAUACAUCACCCUGGACCCCCACAUGGAAAUCCGAGGCAACCAAUGUUGAUGAGCAUGAAUGCACACAAUACAAACGGCACGAUGGUCAGUGUCAGUUUGAACGAUCAAGCAAACACUGUCUCUGUGACUCUACAAAAUCCGAACGUGCAGCCACCGCAAUAUGCUCAGCAGCAGAACAGUCAACAGAAUCCACCUCCGCAACAGCAGCACAUUCAACAACAGCAACAACAGAUCAUAGAAUCGAAUAAAUCAGUUACGAACGAACCGAACAGUGUAGAGUCCAGGGAUCAGAAUUCGCCUAAUCAAGGUCACGUCAGCGUGACCGAUUCAGCUUUGGCAAACAUGAAAGAAAAAACACCGAUGUGCUUGUUGAAUGAGUUAGCACGUUUUAAUAAGAUUCAGCAUCAGUAUAGAUUGACCAAUGAGCAAGGACCAGCGCACAAAAAGCGAUUCACGGUAACGCUGAAGCUGGGGGAGGAGGAAUACGUUGCCGAGGGUCCUAGUAUAAAGAAGGCUCAGCAUAGCGCAGCGACUGAAGCGUUGACGAAAACAUGGUAUCAGCGACCUCCCCCGAAGCCUACAAAGGCGAUGAGGGUCGGCCAUCCGGGAAAAUGUUUCACCGGAGCUGGAAACUUGCCACCGACCGUCGAGUUAAAUUCUUUGGCUAUGAAGAGAGGCGAAGCCACUGUGUAUACUUUCAGGCAAGCUCCGCCGGCAGGACUGCAACAAUACGUUUCUAACAGUUACAUGGGCCACUUCCCUCGAAUAUUGAAUCCACGUUUGCCGGCGUAUAAUCGCGGUUUCAACGCGGAGCCUCAAUUAUAUCUUGUGUCUUUAAAAGUAGGAGAACGUGAAUUCAUCGGGAAAGGCCUGACUGGUCAAGCAGCGCGACACGAUGCUGCGAGUAAAGCUUUAGAACAGUUGCGGCAGUUGCCAUUGCCGGAGGAAGUGACGAACAGUUGUAACCCAGGCGAAAACGGUACGAUGGGCGAACCGAAGGAUCCUAUCGCGGAGUUGAAGAGUCCGGUAUCGUUGGUUCACGAGAAAGCUCUGAAGCGUGGUUUACCCGUGAGUUUCGAAGUUGUCUCGGAAAUUGGUAAACCUCACAUCCGAACGUUCAGGACAAAAUGCACGGUCGGAGAUAAAGUCACGUUAGGAGAAGGACCAUCAAAGAAGGUAUCGAAGAGACACGCGGCCGAGUUUAUGUUAGAGGAGCUUAAUCGUUUGCCGCCUUUGCCGGAAACUAUUCAAAACCGUUUGGUACGAGUGAAACGUAAACCGCCGGCAACGAAAAAGAAGUCGAGGAACCUCAUAAAGGUUUACCAAGAGCCACGCUCCGAAUCUGACGCCGCGGAGGAAGUUAAUCCGGUUUCGCGAUUAGUUCAAAUACAGCAGGCUAAACGAGAGAAGGAACCGGUCUACAAUUUGAUCGAAGAGAAAGGCGCGCCGAGGAGAAGAGAAUUCGUGAUGGAAGUCACUAUGGGACAGCAUUCUGCUCAAGGAAUGGGUCCGAAUAAGAAAUUGGCUAAAAGAGCCGCGGCGGAGGCCCUCUUAGCGCAAUUGGGUUACAGCAAACCGCAGCCGCAACCCACGAAGCCAUCUAUUAAAACAGGAGAUAGCGAAAGUUCUGAACAGAAACCUAGAAAAGUUACCUUUUUAGAAGAUGAGCAGAUUAAUGAAACUCAAUCUCAUCAACCAGUAGGAGGAACAAUCGGACGUCAGUUGGUACCCGGACUAUUAUUAGUGGACGGAGGUCAAGAAUCUAAACUAGGUAGCGGACCUAGCGUACAAAUUGUUGCCGAAGAACUACGAGGACAACAACAACAGAAUCCAGCUACUGCUUCUCCCAAAGAUCAGUUAAAAUAUCUUUCUCAAUUAUUUAACUUCAGCGUGGAAUUCAAUGAUUUCCCAAAGGGAGCGGUAAAUAAGGAAUACUUGUCGCUUGUUACGUUGAGCACGGAUCCACCACAAGUUUGUCACGGGAACGGGCCGACGAGAACGGCGAGCCGAAAUCAAGCAGCACUGAAAGCUCUGUGUACUUUAAGUAAGCUGGGUCUCGAUAAUGCGUCCAAUUCGCAAACGAAGAAAGAUAAAGGUGCGUCCGGAGAUGGAAUACACAUUAGCAUUCAAGUUAAAAAUAACAUUAUGGAUGGAGCUAUGGAUAAGUAAUUACAUAGUACAUAAGGUUUACGUAUAAGUUCAAUUUACAUUGCCCUUUAAGGCAUUGCAAAGGAAACUGAACAUAAAAGUAUUCCGUAAAAUCGCUGAUGAGAAUAAGAUGUGUUUGAAAAUUUAUCGGAGGUUUAAUACUGACCUUAAAUAAUCAAUAUUAAAUGUUAAUAUUAUCUAAUGAAUUUUCAUAUUAAUAAUUUGGUCCGAUUUAGUAUUAUUAUUUUUUUUUAAUUUAUCGAGUAGGUUCAGACGAGUGUAUUGAUAUCCUGUUCCAUCAUUCUGUGUUUGUUAAUAUUUUUUUUUCAUUAUUGAUCAGGAUUACCGAAUUUUAUUAUAAUGUACAUGUUGCUUUUAUGUAUCCUCUCUAAAUUAAUUUUUUACCUAGUAUUAAUCAUGUGUUCUAUUUUUAUUAAUAUAUUUACAUAUAAUUACAGUUGUUGAAUGAACUAAUCGGAGGGAAAUUGACUCUUCGCGAUCUAUCUCUCUGGGCCUUAUUGCACGGUAACUUCAAACAUUGAAUCACCGAUGACUCUCGAUCUUCACACAUUAAUGCCAUUGCUUCUUUAACAUAACGGAUCGCAGAUUUUGAAGAUCAAUAGCUUUUUGUGAAGGAUCAAUCUUUUGCAGUGCCUUAAUCGCAUCGAAAAGUUGCUCAAGCACCAAUAGAUGCUGAAUCCGUUAUAUUCAGUCGUCCCUCUUCCGCUUGUUCCCCUUUUAUUGGAGCUGAUUAUUCCCGAUAGUUUUUGACAAGCUUCUGUAACGAUCACAUGCACUGUAACCCGUGGGCAAAACCACGUAAUCGAGUGUAUACAAUUAAAAUUGCUUUUUUUUACUGCAGUAGCGUUUAUUUUUUUUACGAUCGUAUAUAUUAUUGGUGCUUGAUCAAGAUUGUGAUCCUAGCAGUGCUCGAUCGACUCUAUUAUAUUUAUUGUAACAAUUUCAUUGAUAGGACCACAAUCAGAAAAGAAACUGUAAACUGUUUAGACAUCGUAAAUGAAAUGGUCAUUUGCCAGAGAAUCGUGGUACAUGAUCAUGAAAGAAACAAUGUAGAAACGUUAUUUUAAGCGAAAAGUACGGAAAUCUGAGAUGAAAUGCGGCCAUCUCUUGGUUUCUCUAUUUAAUCCUUGGCUUUCUCAUUCUUGUGAGUAAAAUGUCUAUUAUGUCCUAUUACCUAAUACGAGCGUGUAAGAACCAGCGAAGUAAUCACAUCAAAUCAUCGUCCGCGUGAAUCGAGAAAACUCUGUUACCGUUUUGUUAAACAAAGCGGAAUCAAUCGCGUUUUGUCGAAAACGAGAUUCGAUGAAAAUCUGAAGAGGUUGCGCAUUUCAAGUGUCCCCAACUGAGUGAUCGAACCGUUUUUUUUUUUUUUUUUUGUUUAUUGUCAGAUUCGCGUUUCAGAGUUCAGAACUCGUGCUAUUUUAUCACUCUGGACUACUAUACGCUAAACAGGUUUACAAGACUAGACAUACAGCAAUGGUAAAAGAAAUGUAAAAGUUGCAGACGUUGGUUGGGGACUCUUUAAACGUACUCGACUAUUUUGCGAGUUUCCAUUUCCAAAUCUCUAAAAUCGAGAAAAGGUAAUGUGAUAUAUUCAUAUUAUUGGCCCAAUUUGCUUUUGAAUGGGGCCUAGAAGCAUUCUGGGGUCAUAUUCGUAUUUUACAAGUUAUCGAGAAGUAAAGGAAACGAAAAUUUUCAUACACCCGUCGUCGAGUAAAAUGGCUGAAAGAUGAUCCGGGUGUAUCGGAAAUUGUAGCUAAGGUGGUAAUAAUUCAAAAUUUGUCUCGUUGCGUCACGAUCAUUAAACGAAAUCAGUUUGAUUUGAACAUGUAGUUAAGAAUUCCGGUGAGAUAAUAAGUUUCCGUGGAACAACGUCGAAUUUUGUCUUAUUGCCGGUAGUUUGUAACGAUGCUGAAGUGAUGAUCGAAUGGAGAGAAGAGUAUCUAAUAAUGAAUGAAGAUAACGUCGAUGAAUAGACUUAGUUCUGUCUAUCUAAGAACAAUAUAAUAUCGUGUUUCUCGCGUAAAGAAGACUUAUCUUAUAUUCAUUAUUCUUACUGUAUCAAUGAUUACUUCGAUGUUAAUGAACAGAUGUAAGGAAGAGAUUUUUAAAUUUCGGUAAACGUGUUAAUUAAUUUUCCACGAAAACAUGCAACACACGAUAGGAAACAAAAUAAGGAUUGCUUGUAUAUCGUUUAUAAUACUUUUCUCUUUCAAAUAAUUUCCUUACGUAAAGCGAUACCUUCCGAAUAAUUUGUAGAUCAAUCAAGAAACAAUUAAUGAACGUUCCUUUUUCUGAGAUAUAUUGCUUCGUAGAUGGGCCUUCCCUCUGCGCGUGGGAUUCACUGUUUCGAAAGAAAUAGGAUAAAACGGAUAUAGCAGCGAGAUCAUACCUCUUGGGUAUGACGCUCGCAGCGAAAUAAGUGAAACAGGAAUCCUACGAAAGUGUAAUCCUCUCGGAGGACCUAUUUUAUCUGCGUAAACUGUAAUACAAUAGUUAGUCGUAACGAUAAGCGAAUAAAGUAUUAAUUACUGGAGAUAUGUGAGCUAUCUCCGCGGGAUACAGGCAGACAUGAUACCGAGAUAAACGCAUUAGAAUAAAGAAAAAACAUAAUAUUCUAAACAUUUAUUUUACGAAUAACGCUUUCCCAUUGAGUCUGUAACUAUCGGACAGUUCUAAUACUGACACCAAGGUCUAUAUCUAUCUGAUUAUCAUUAAAUUGUAAAUCAUUGAAUCGUAGCGAUACACUUACGCCUCUUUUUCUGUUCCAUUUUAUUGAUAAAUAAAUGCACAAAACUUUGAAUUCACAGUACCUACUUUAAACAGUUCAAACAUUUGUUGUUUCUGUCCGAACGUGAACCGUUGAAUUCGAUUGAAUCGACGUACCGAUAGUUAAAGAAAUAAUUUCAAUGAAAGCGAAGAAGAACACGAAUGAGUCGUUUAAGAAUGUAUGUCGGAAAAUUAACAGGAUUCGUUAAUUUAGCCUUGUAAUGCUAUACAAUACGGCGAACGAUUAGAACGUUAUUUUCUAAACGAUGUAGCUAUGCAAACCGUAAUACGAUCAUUGUUUUUAACGUUGCGGUAUGAGAAAUGAAAGUCGCGCUUGAAGCAAGUAUUAUUAUGUUCGUUUCUCUUAUUCAUUCCGUAAGAGAAUACUACAGAUAUGUAAAAUGUGAUUUUUCAGUAAUUAUCGUCGAACAAGAUAUGUAUGAUUGUAUGAAAAGGAAAUGAACUCGAAUGUAGACUGUGGCAGUAAAGAUUUUACAUGUACGGAUAAUGUUUUUUUAUGCUGGAAAAUCGUUGACUCAGUUUUGAAGGAAAUGAUUGUUUCACACGUAGGUAUCUACCGCUUAUUUAAACUUCAUCGGUUUGUAUUUGACAUCAAUAAACGAUUGUAAAAACGUU